AUGCGAGCGGCGCGCGUCGCUCCAGACUGCAUCACCAUGGUCAGCGUGCUCUCGACGUGCAGCGACAUGGGGGCGCUGACCAUUGGCGCAGAGGUACACCAGUUUGUCGAGAGCCACAGGGUUGAGGUAGACAUGAAGCUCGGUACUGCUCUGGUCGACAUGUAUGCCAAGUGCGGUGACAUUGAGACUUGUUUGAAGGUGUUCCGCGCUAUGCCUGUGAUGGACGUGCUUACUUGGAAAUAG